AUGCCGCCCAAGGAUGACAAGAAGAAGAAAGAUGCCAGAAGGUCAGCCAAGAAGGACAAAGACCCAGUGAACAAAUCUGGGGACAAGGCCAAAAAGAAGAAGUGGUCCAAAGGCAAAGCUCGGGACAAGCUCAAUGAUCUGGUCUUGUUUGACAAAACGACAUAUGACAAACUCUCUAAGGAAGUUCCCAGCUAUAAGUUUAUAACUCCAGCUGUUGUCUCUGAAAGACUGAAGAUUCGAGGUUCCCUGGCCAGGGCAGCCCUUCAGGAGCUCCGUAGUGAAGGACUUAUUAAACUGGUUUCAAAGCUCAGAGCUCAAGUAAUUUACACCAGAAACACCAAGGGUGGAGAUGCCCCAGCUGCUGGUGAAGAUGCAUGA